AUGGAAUCUAUAUAUAAUUACAUUGCAAACUCAACUUAUGGAUUUAGUUUUGGCAGCGGAGAGAGCUGUCAAGAGCAUGGAUCUAAAAAUCCCAAAGGUGUAAGGACAUAUUAUGGUGGGAGUGAUAGAGCAGGUUCUGGAAGUGGUUGGUUUGGAGGAUUUGCAAGUCAUCAUGGAAAUUCAGGUUCAGGGGGAGGAAGUUCUUGGGUGUUGUCCAAGGAUGCAAUCAUUCCUGAAGGAGAAAUUCCCGCCCAUGAUGAUAAAUAUAAUCUUCUUGAAAGUCAUGAAUAUGCAUUCAACAAAGCAGCAUUUCUUUUCUAUAAUAUUGAAUCUGAAUCAGGUGUAUGGGAAGGAAAUGGACGCAUUGUUAUCACUUUCUUACGUACUAUUUCAUUAAAACCUGAUUUUCUGUAUAAUUAUCUUUUAUUCUCUUUGUUCAUAGUAAAUUCAAUUUAA